AUGCCACGCCAGUACCGCCGAGAUCGCGACAGCGAUCCAGAUCUACCAUACCACGACCCUCAGUACCGACACGACAACCACGAUAACGAUAGAUACGACGACAACAACAACAACGAAGACUACGAAUACGACAGCAACGACGAAGAUCCCACCCGAGACACAGACUACAGGCCGAAUUUCGGGUUUAAUUCGCGAUUACCGUUUAAUUUGCGCGGGUUUGUGCCUGUUUGGAAUGAUCCGGAUGGUUAUGAUGAGCACGACGUGUAUGGUAAUGAUAAUGAUGGACUUGGACACGAUGGGAAUGGAUAUGGAUACGAGUCAAGACGAUCCGUCGGCCCAGAAGAAAGCGCGACGAAGCACCAAAGCGCCGAUUCGAGCAACAGUGCCGCGCAUUUAUUAGCCGGGCAGUACCAGACUGAGGACAGAGGAAACCCCGACGAAAGCCUCCGCGCCGGAAAACGACGAUCUCAGCGCAAACAGGCGUUACUGGGUGGUCUUGGUCUUGGUGCUGGUGCGGCGGCGCAGGAUAUCACUCGUGAUCGACCAAAGGGACGGAUUGUCUCUGGUGCGCAUUUGGAAGAGGGCCGGGGACAGGUUCGGCAGAGGUCUGGGGCUUUUCCUGUUCCUGUUCCUGGCGGUGAUGGCGGUGGGGGUGGUGGUGCAGGGGAGGAAUUACUGCGCAAAGAAGGCAAUUGGAACGGAAGUACAGUGAGCUCAACCAAAGUCGACCGACCAUUCUACAAGCGCAAGCGAUGGUGGCUAGGAAUGGCAAUCCUCCUCCUCAUCCUCGCAGCCAUCGCCGUCCCAGUCGCCGUCGUGAUGACCAGAAAACACACCAAUAACAAACACACCACAUCAGCAGAUUCAGAUGCUAACAGCGACUCCGACGACAACGCCCCAGCAAACCUCAACCUCAAAGGAAUCACCCGCGACAGCAUCCCCUCCUCCGCAAAAGGCACAAUCCUCGACCCCUUCACCUGGUACGACACAACCGACUUCAACGUAACCUACACAAACCACACAGUCGGCGGAUUGCCCCUAAUAGGCCUAAACAGUACCUGGGACGACUCCGCCCAAGCAAACGAGCACGUCCCACCACUAAACGAAUCUUUCCCUUACGGCACCCAACCAAUCCGCGGCGUAAACCUAGGCGGUUGGCUCUCCCUCGAGCCCUUUAUCGUACCAUCCUUCUUCGACAAAUAUGAUGACUGGGAGGGUAUCGUGGACGAAUACACACUCACCCAGAGACUGGGUGACUCCGCAAACGCAACGCUGGAGAAACACUACGCGAAAUUCAUCACAGAGCAGGACUUUGCAGAUAUCCGCGACGCAGGCCUCGACCACGUCCGCAUCCAGUAUUCUUACUGGGCUAUCAAGACCUUCGACAAGGACGAUGAACCCUACGUCUCCCAAAUCGCAUGGCGCUAUCUCCUCCGCGCAAUCGAGUAUUGUCGCAAAUACGGCCUCCGCGUAAACCUAGACCUGCACGGGCUCGUCGGCAGUCAAAACGGCUGGAACCAUAGUGGUCGAGAGGGUUCUAUCGGGUGGUUGAACGGGACGGACGGAUCAUUGAACCGCAAACGCUCACUCGAACUCCACGACUCGCUAUCCAAAUUCUUCGCGCAAGACCGAUACCGCAAUAUCGUCACGAUCUACGGCCUUGUAAACGAACCGCUCAUGCUCGAAUUACCGAUAAAGGAUGUCCUCGAGUGGACGACCGAGGUAACAAAACUAGUCCAGGGAAACAACAUAACAGCAUGGAUAUCCUUCCACGACGGGUUUCUGAAUCUGAGUAAAUGGAAGAAAAUGCUCAAGGGCGAUGAUGUGCCGGAUAACUUGCUGCUUGAUACGCAUCAGUAUACGAUUUUUAACACGGGGCAAAUCGUGCUUAAACAUGCUGAUCGUGUGAAUCUCGUUUGUAAUGAUUGGUGGCACAUGAUUCGCGAGAUUAACACUACUGAUGCUGGCUGGGGACCUACAAUCUGCGGCGAAUGGUCCGCAGCCGACACCGACUGCGCGCCCUACCUCAACGACGUCGGCCGCGGCACCCGCUGGGAAGGGACCUUUUCCUCCGGCGAUUCAACGCAAUACUGUCCGACAGCCGACAGUAAGAAAUGCUCGUGUACGAAUGCAAACGCAAACCCAGCCACGUACUCCGAUGGAUAUAAGAAGUUCCUGCAGACGUAUGCGGAGGCGCAGAUGAGUGCGUUUGAGACGGCGCAGGGGUGGUUUUAUUGGACUUGGAAGACGGAGAGGGCGGCGCAGUGGAGUUAUUCGACGGCGUGGAAGGGGGGGUUUAUGCCGAAGAAGGCUUAUGAGCCGGCUUUUAGGUGUGGGGAUGAUGUGCCGGAUUUUGGGGACUUGCCGGAGUAUUACUAG